AUGCGAGUGACAGCACGUGGUAUAGUAAUAGACUGUGAGGUAAAGACUAAGUGUAAGAUAUUCUCUGUGGAAUGGACUAAUAAUACAUUAUAUAUGUCACUUAAUUCCAUGGCAGUUGAAAAUAAGGCUAAUAAAGAGGUAAUUGAAUCAGUUCAUGAGAUAUUCAAAGUACCAAAGGUACAAAUAUCCAUAAUAGCAGGACAUAAAUCCAAAAUAAAAGCAGUUCUGGUUGAAAAUAUAACAGAAGAUGCAGCCAGGCAUAUUUUAUCACAAAUAAAUUGA